UUCUUCUCAAAGAAUCUCAUAUCCCCGCAGUUUCACCGAUAAAUUUCUCGCAAUCCCAUUGACCGCAGCAGCAUCUGCAGCAGCGGAGCAGAUCGGCAUCCGCCGCUUCCUCCUCCUCCGGCGAUGGCGCUGGAUCCCAAAGCCAAUCACGCUGCCGCUGCUGCUGCUUCCGCCGACAACCCCACGGCGGCGGCGGCGAAGGCGAAGGUGAAGGUGAAGGUGCUCUUCUUCGCCCGCGCGCGGGACCUGACGGGCGUGACGGAGGCCCCGGUGGAGGUGCCGGCAGGGAGCACGGCGGGAGACUGCCUCGCCCGGGUGCUGGCCGCCUUCCCCAGGCUGGAGGAGAUCCGGCGAUCCAUGGUGCUCGCGCUCAACGAGGAGUACGCGCCCGAGGACGCCGCCGUCGGGGACGGCGACGAGCUCGCCAUCAUCCCGCCCAUCAGCGGCGGCUGACAAUCUUUCCACUUCUCCACCACCCUCCCCCCAAUUCGAAGACACGGGGGCGCAAAGAGAGAAGAAACCACCGGUUCUUUCUUUUGCUUUCCUCUUCUUUCUACUUGUUUCCUGAUACAAUUUCAAUCAUACAAUAUACGCAAGUUUGAGUAAUAAGCAUCGCCUGUUUUCGCGAUGAUAAUUGUUACUUGGCAUCGUUGUCCUUCAAUCAUGUUGAUGAAUCUUGAAUCACAUUUCGAUUUGAAGUGAUAUAUGUGUGUGCUUCUUGUC